AUGCCAUCAGUGAUUGGCCAUGUCGAAUAUCAUCUUCUCCACAAUACUAAAAUUGGAAAUGAGAAAUUGAUGUGGAUGGCUGAUGCAUAUGGAAUGAAACAACUACUAGAGAAGACUGUUCGUGAAACAACUACUGUCGAAAAAGCGAAGUUGUCGAAGGAUCCGAAGACGAUUGUACUCGAUCACAUUCUAUUGUACUCGAUCAUUUCAUUUUUGUUGAUUUCAUUUGUUAUUGUUGUUGAUUGUUUUGUUGAAUUGAAAUUCAAAACUCUCUGA